GUGACGUCGAAAAAGAACAUGGCGCUCUGGAGGAAAGGUGUUCCUUGACAGUUAACGAUAUUGAUCAAUAUUUUUUUGGUUUCAGUAUGGAUAUCUACAUGACUUAACCCGUACGCAUCGAACUAUGAUAUGCGGCAAAUGUUACGGUUCAUGUUCUCUUUUUAUGGACGAGGACACUGUAAAUCUGGUAGGGUUUUUUCUAACGUUAGCUGAACCUGUUAGCGUCGGGAUGCUAGCCGAAGCUAACAUGCUAAUGGGUUAUUGCUAAAGAGGCAGACAAUAUGCUUGCGCUGCGCGUUUGUUUAUCCCGACAUUUAUUACUUUGAUACUGGAAGCCAAUGAACCAAACGUAUUAUUUAAAUAGUUGUAAGUCAUUUAUCCAUUUUUGACAACUGUUCUGUGGCUAGCGUCUGUUAGUGAGCUAAGCUAGAAGGAUGGAGAAUCGUCAUGGACUUGUUUUGGUUGUCGGUGGGAUCCUUCUCUCGGAGCUGUUACUGUGUCAAGGUGCCCCUAUACAGUACUUCCACAGAUCAGGAGAGGGCAGUGGGAAUGCCUCAUCCCUAUCUCCCUUCCUGCCCCUGGUGGUGUCCCUGACACUGCUGGUUGUUCUGACGGUGCUGCUGGUCAACUGCGUCACUUGCUGCAAAGAGAGAGAGAUCAACUUUAAGGAAUUCGAGGACCAUUUUGAUGAUGAGAUAGACUUCAGUCCCCCUGCGGAGGACACCCCCUCCAUGCAGUCCCCCGUGGAGGUCUACACUCUGGCGGUGCCUCCCGUGGCUCUUCCAGGGCCCCCACACCUCCAGCCACCACCUCACGCCCAAGAUGGGUCGGCCGGCUCUCUGGUGGCCCGUCACAGCCUCAAUUAUAUCCAGGAGAUCGGCAACGGCUUGUUUGGCAAGGUGCUUCUCAGUGAGAUCUACACAGACCCAGGUGUAACCAGGGUUGUGGUCAAGGAGUUGAAUGCUAAUGCUAGUGCUAAAGAGCAAAACAGCUUCCUGCAGCAGGGGGACCCAUACAGAGUGCUGCAGCACCCAAACAUCCUACAAUGCUUGGGACAGUGUGUGGAAGCUAUUCCCUUCCUGCUGGUCUUUGAAUACUGUGAGAUGGGAGAUCUGCGGGCCUAUGUGUCUCAGCAGGAUUGGAUGUUCAGAAAUGCUGAGCUACUGGAGCUACAGAGGAUGGCCUGUGAAAUUGCUGCCGGAGUCACUCACCUUCACAAACACAACUUCCUGCAUAGUGAUUUGGCCCUGAGGAACUGUUAUUUGACUGUGGAUUUGACUGUUAAAGUGGGAGACUAUGGGAUCGGACCACACCGAUACAAAGAAGAUUACAUCGUCACGGAGGAUGAUGUGUUUGCCCCUCUUCGUUGGUUGGCACCUGAGCUGGUGGGGGAGCGCUAUGGGGGAGUAGUCACCAUGGAGCAGACCAAGCAAAGCAAUGUGUGGGCUCUUGGGGUGACACUGUGGGAGCUGUUUGAGAAUGGAGCUCAGCCCUAUUCCCAUCUGUCUGACCGGGAGGUCCUUAACCAUGUCAUCAAGGAGCAGCAGAUCAAGCCUUUCAAACCCCAGCUGGAGCUUCCCUACUCCGACAGAUGGUAUGAAGUCCUUCAGUUCUGCUGGCUCUCUUCAGACAAGCGAGCCACUGCUGAGGAAGUCCACCGGCUUCUCACCUAUCUACGUAUGCAGGGCCAGAAAGAUGUAGAGGAAGACUUUGAACAGCGGUGGGAUGCGCUCAAGCCCAACCCUACUGCACGGCAAAACACUGUCGGUGACUCCUCUUACCCAAUCUUGGAUAAUUUUGCAGACGACGCACUGCGUAAUGAGAUCGAUGAGGUGCUGACCGUCACUGAAACCAGCAAGGGCCUCAGCUUUGAGUAUGUCUGGGAAGCGGCCAAACACGACCACUAUGAGACCACUGACAGACGUUCAGGCAUGGACACAAUGCUGAACUAUCACAGCAUGUUCUUCCCCACUUCAACAGAGGACAUACAGGCCCAUUUUCCAGAUCCUACCGGCGGUACUGCCGGCACGGACUCUAGUAGCACCCCGGCCAGCAUCCAUGGCAUCUUGCCGGUGUUCAAGGCACAAAAUCCCACUCAAGGGAAUGAGUUCUUCAUCCAACUUGAGGAAGAAGGUGAGGGUGUCGUUGGGGAAAAAAGAAAUGCAGGUCAAAGUGUGGCCCCGAGCUUAGCGAGGCAGGAGUUUGUUGUCCUCCAAGAUGUCCUUCUUGAGGAGUCCAGCACCGAUGCAGACUUCUUCCACCAAAGCAUUGACUCCAAGGACUCCUUCCUGCCGGACAGCCACGUUUGGUCCUCUCUGGAGAACGACAGUCCUGACCACACCAACAUCUUCACAGAGGACGAAUCAAAGCAGGAGGAUUCACUCUCUUGGAGAAGGAGAUUCAUGGAGUUGCCGGAGCGCGGCACCAACCCUUUUCUUGGUGUUAUGACCCGAGAGAUCCCCGAGGUAGAUGCAGAGGAGAAUACAGGGGGUCCUUUUUUAGGGGUUCUCCCAGAAGCCACGCACCUUACAGACCCCCAACAGGGGAAUGAAAAUCUAAACCAUCUUCUGAAUAGUGAGAAACUAGAGGAGAACUUUCUUUUUCUCAAGGAGAACAACCUCAUGAGGGAAAGUUCAAUCGCCAAGAGUCUUACUCCACCGCUGAGGUUUCUUUCUCCGGGAGUAGUCCAUGCACCUGAAGAGAGCUUCAAAAUGAGGUCCUGGGACCAUAUUGACACAUUAGACAGUUUAAAUAUGGCAGAACCCAACUUCAAACCUUUAGGUGAGAGCCUAUCCCCCAGUCAGAAUUCGAGAUCCAGCGUAGGGAAUUUCUGUGUGGUAGAAAAUGAAACGGCGUUGCCUUCUAUUGUAGUAAUCACAGACGAUGUCAUGGACAACCAGCUGCAGGUUAAAAAUAACUUGUCUUCUGAAGACUUCAGUAUAAUGUGUUCCACCGACACAGGUAUUGAGUCAGGUCUGGCCUCAGAAAGAUUUGAGGUUCCCGUUGAUCUAAUUGAAAGUCACUCCACUCUUGGAUUUUCUGAAUGUGCCAAUUUAGACCCUCUGUGCACGGACACCACCAUCCCGGUCCCUAAAGAUAACUGUGGAAUCUCAGAUGAUAGGUCGGGUGUAUUUGACGUUAACCACCCCGAUGAUUUUGAAGCCACGUUUCUAGACAACGGCCACAGCGAAGCCCUGACAAGCGAUGAUUUCUUUAGUGAACUCAUCGAUGACGUGGAGGCGGAACUUGAAACUGUCCUGUCAGACCCAGAAGAAUCCUUCACGGAUGACUGCAAUGGUCCUCCUACUAGAUCUUCUCUGCUAGUAUCAGGGCCUUCCCUAGACCAGAUAAGCCAGGACUCCUUACUGGAGGACAGCGUUUCAACCACUCUCCCAACCGUGGAUAACUCAGCCGAAACGCCAGACUCCUUAGAUUCUCUCGACAUCCACAGAAUGGGCGGCCAGGUUGAAGAGAUCAACGGUCUCGCAGCUCCUGAAAAAAAAGUCGCAGACAGUGGGUAUGAGACUGAGAACCUGGAGUCUCCAGAAUGGAACUCUGAGCUCCUUGGCAGAGACCAAUCCCCGGUAGAGAAUGGCAUUAGUGAUCCUAAGGGGGAGGAGAAGGACGCAGAGAAUCUUGAAGCUGCUGCGUCACUCGUUUCUCCAGAAAUCGUCAUCUCUGAAGUGGAGAACGCAAUAGGUGGUCAGAACGAGGAGAAUGAGGUGGAUGAGGAUCAGCCCCCAGAGCACAUAGCUGCUGUUGGAGAGCCCUUCGUGGUUGGUAGCUACAGGGACUCUGCAUACUUCUCAGACAACGAAUCGGAACCAGAGAAGAAGCUGGAUGAGGUUAACCCGGUUGAAAGCACUACUGAAACCUUAUGGGUACUGAAUGCUGCUGACGUUGUCGGCAGUUCCUCAGGUGGUUCAUCAGCUGAGGUCAUGGUGGAGGAAUAUUUGUCCACUAUUUCUAAACAUGAGUCCUCUGCGGCUGCCGUGGCGAUGGCUGAUGUAGGAGGACCGCUGGUUCUUCAAGGUGAAGGGCAUUCAGCAGAAAUAGACUCUAAGGAGAUCCCUGAGAAGGAGGCGAAGGGGUCUGCAGAGGGCCAUAACACAGGUGUAGACAACGUGGACUUAAAGAAGUCCUCAGCUCAACACGAGUCUGGCCUUCGAGUGGAUUAUCCAGAAUCCACUUCCCGAGAUCCCUCUGCUACCUCAAAGAAACUUCCACCUUCAGAGAACAUGGCUCACCCCAAACUCACCAGGACCUACGCCAGCGACGGUGUCAAGAUCAGGGAGCGCGAUGUGGAGGGCCGCUUCCUGGGGCGGCGAGAGAUGGACGGACAGGAGGACGGGAUGGACGCCGACGAGGAGGAUGAGAACAGCGACGACUCAGACGAAGACGUGCGGGCCUACCGGCUGCACGACUCAAGCUCCGAGAGCGAGGACGACACCGUCCACCCCGUUCCCCUCAUCAUCUCGGACGACUGCGCCACCAAAAACCUUAAGAGCCUGCUAAAACCCCCCACCCUCAAUGUAGCAUCAACAACACUCCCAACGCCCUCCACAUCAGGUACCCCAACGGACAACUCCAGGCGAGCCGUAUCCUUCUUUGAUGAUGUUACCGUCUACCUUUUCGACCAGGAAACUCCAACUAAAGAGCUAGGCGACCACUCUGCGGGCUCCAGCAGCCAGGUGUCUGAGUUCAGCAGCCCGGUGCCCACUGCCAGCUACCUGAACAGAUUCACCAACUCGGAGAGCUCCACCGAUGAAGAGGGCGGAGGCUUCGAGUGGGACGACGACUUCACCUCCUCCACAGACUCCUCAUUCCUGUCGAAGGCAUCGCCCUCCUCCGAAGCGGCCUCCUCCUCCUCCUUCUUCAGCCCUGCCCCUGCCACCGGCCGCAAGCCGGAGACCACGUGGACGCCCUCGCCCAACUACUCCCGCUUCUCCAUCUCACCCGCUAGCAUCGCAAACUUCUCCCUCACACACCUCACAGACUCGGACAUCGAACAAGGAGGAAGCAGUGAAGAUGGAGACAAGGACUAGCGGGCUAGAAGGGGUGCCACUGCUCUGAUCGAACUCAUCGCUUGCACUUUCAGAACUAGGACUGGUCUCAUGGUGAUGUGGGCAUCCAUGGGUGCUUCUCUCAGGCUUAACGGCUGCUGAAGGGAGGACUGCUAGAACUACUACUACUGUACAAACAAAUGGCUACGUUCGCCAUAGCAGAUAAAAAUAAAAAAACACUUUCCUCGUAGCGAUUUAGGAACCGUCAACGCAAUCGCAUCGCUCUGCCCUCAUCACCUCUCUGGCGAUAUUCAACCUUCAUGUCGUUUUUCUACCAGUGCAAUUAUUGUCCCUUCAGGAACAAACCAACCAACAUACAAACACUAAACCGGGUCCGGUGUCCUUCUCACGUUUGCUUUAAGGAUGCGUCAUGCUAAUCGUCGCAAACUGCCUCUUCUCUUGUGUUGGCUUAUGCAAUCCUUUCCCGCCAUUUCUUUUCACCAAAAAAAUAACUUUGGAUCAAGUGAGUUGUCUGUUGGUUUUUUUUUCUUUUU